AUGGCCCGGUUCAUCGAAGUUACAGUUCGAGGGCAGGUCCUCGGCAAAAAUGUAUACGACUUCGUAUCGCACCAUGAUCCUCCCACGACAGCCCAAGUCAACCAAGAAUCAAGGGCCGUCGCCUGCCGCAGCGGCAAGCUUGUACCCAUCAGAAACCCCAGAAUGCCCGUCGCCGAGUACCGUGAUCUGGGCAUGAACCCGCGCUUCCGUACUCGAUGGGCCUGGUUUGAUCCAACGCGAGAUACGUUGAGCCUAUCGUUUGACGACUCUUUCAGUCCAACACCAGAUCAUGGCAGGGGAGUCGUUCGCCAUCCCCUAUCUGGGUUCUUCGAAUGUGCCCAAAGCGUCAUAGUCGGCACACGGGUGAUGAAGUACCAGUACAUAUGCCCAGCUCUACUUUGCAAACACCUGUUCGACCCACGGAACUUUCCAUUCCUCAAGUCGGUCGAUUUUGUAACAUCGAAGUAUGAUCUUCCGGAGAGAAGCGAUCACGUGCUCGAGACUCGACUAUUCGGGCCCGGCCGCGUACACCCACGUAUUCUCCACUUGGACGACACUGCCGGCAUCGAGAGUCUAAUGACGAAUUUGGUACAAGGGCAUACUUCGAUUCAUGUCGAUGAACUGGAGCGCUUCGUCACUGCAGCUAUCAGCGAUGAGGAAGCUUCAGCUUGGCGCUACUACAGCGAACAGUUGCGCAGCGCAUGGACCUUCUGGUAUCCUCGUGACCGCUCUUGUGAGAUCGCGCCACCAGAGGAAGAAGAAGAAGAAAAAGAAGAAGAAGAGUCCCACCUAUCGGUCAAGCGGCUCGACAUGAUGUGUUGGAAUAUGCCUACCUUUCGCCGCGUCAUCUUGUUGCGUAGGGCAAGGUACGUGUUGGAGACAAUGCAGCAUGAGACAGCUCAUUAG